CCGAUUCAUUCUAUUGGUUUCAUUCAUUCUAGCUAUAGGCCAGCGUUGUUAUCAGCAGGUGCUAGCCAGAGACUUCACAGAGUAUUCAUAUGAUGUCGGGUUCAGCCCGCAGGAAAGGCGCAAUAGCACAGCUUGUGCGCACGGCCGUGGAACAGUCAUGGCGCUGCAUGUGACACAGACCUGCUGCAAGCCAUUUCGGCAUGCUCUUCCAUCCUUAUCAUGUUUCCGAUGAAUGCAGCCUCAACCUUGCUUCCCGCCGUCGAUCCGGAGCUCAGAAGGUGCUGGCUCAACGGAGGCUUGACGGAGCAGCAGGUUGGGCAGCUAGCUGAGCGCGGAUUGUGCAGCUGGUCAAAAGUGGAGGAAGAGAUUAAGGAGAAUUUCCUCGACUUCAUCAUAAAUGUGGCCAACAUCGCGGGAGUCCCGCUCGAGGCGGUCAAAACCGCAACGCAGAACGUCUUUGACACGCUAGGUAUGCUGUCCAUGCUACCCAUGCGGCCCAAGGUCUUCCUUUCCUCGGUGCGCAACGACGCGGUGCUGCCACCACUCGGCAGCCCCAGCAACAGCUCGCAGUCCGUGCGGCAUCCGGAGCCCAAAGGCCUGAACGUCUGGAUGAAUGUGGGGAGGAAAGAACGCGUUUCCGCGCUGCUGCGCCGCUUGGCACACGUUCUGACUCGACGCAACGGCAGUGACGACGCUGCUGGCAGCUCCACAGCGGCGGGGGGGAGCAGCGUCACCGGCGGCAGCACGGCGGCCGGCGGCGGUGGUGGCGGCAGCAGCACUCCGGGUGGUUGCAGGAGCGCGGAGGGCAGCGGCCGCAGUGGCAGUGCGAAGGGCGGCGGCGGCGGCGGCAGUAGCUUCGAAGCGGAGGUGCUCACGCUGAUCGAGGACGCCGAUGACAUCUUCAGGAGCGAGCACGAGUGGCGGUCUCAUUCGGGUGCAGGAGCCGCACCAACGGCGUCCUGUUCCGUUGAUCAACGAACUUGCUGCCUUCACGCCUACGCUAGGGCUGCUGGAGGUGCUUGCAGUCCUUCUCAACGGGGUUUUGGAAAGGUUUGUGGCCAGCAGCGAAGGCACAGCUGCAGCAGCAGGUGCCGCGCCUACCAGUGCCGUUGCUGGGGCCCAGCCGGCGGCGGCUGGCACUGCUGCUGCGGGUGCUGCUGCAGGCGCACAGCCGGCGACUGGCACUGCUGCGGUUGCGGCUGCGGUCUCGGGUGCGGCUGCUGCUGGGGUGGAGCCAGCGGCUGGCACUGCUGCGGCUGCUGCUGCUGGGGCGGAGCCAGCGGCCGGCACUGCUGCUGCUACCGGGCCGGCUGCUGCAAGUGCGGCUGGGCUGGUGUGCCGUGUCACCUGGCUUCCUGGGCAGAAGCUGAACGACCUCAGCGAGAUGCCUAGCCAGCAGCAGGCGCAGCAGUCUGCGAGUGACGCGCUGCGUCCAUAUGCCUCGUGCCACGUAGAGGUUGUAGACACGGCCACAAAGCAGCUGUGGACGCGUUGCGGCUGCUUCGCGGAGGUGAAGGCGCCAGUGCCGCUGGUGACGGAGGACGGAGAGCCGCUCCCUCUGGUGGAUCUGUGGAACGCGGGUAACACGCUCAUCAAGGCCACAUUCGCACAGGUCAACACGCACAUGCACUGCCUCGACGUCUCGUACGCCCUGCUCUCCAGCUACCACGCCAUCUGGUCCGUGCACCGCACCGGCCCACCGGGGGCUCAACGGAGCCAAGCCCAGCUGCCCAUAUGCGCGGCAGCAGAAGCAGCAGAAGCAGCCCGCCUGCACACCAGCGGCGGCGUCACAACCCGCAGCAAAGCCGCUGCUGCGCGUGCGUCGGGUGGUGCUGCCGGAAGCGGUAGUGGCUGCAGCGGCAGCAGUGGCGGCCCCGGCGCAGGUGCUGGAGGUGGAGGUGGAGGCGGCGGCGGCCGUAGCUUGACUGGUGGCAUGGCCAGUGGCGGCGGCGGUAGCGGCCGCAGCAGCUGCCGCAGCUUUGGCGUGCAAGAUGGCGUGCUGCAUGUGGCUGGGCCCUUCCUGGCGGCCACGGAGUACACGGAGGAGCGGCCGGCCGCCACGGCGGCGGGCGCCAUGCUGUACACCAUGCUGCUUGGCCUGGUCGACGUGCUCGACCACCCUGCUUCACCGGUUGGCGGCAGCACGCUCGCGCGGCGGCGGUCACCAGCACUGCCGCCGGGGCCGGGGCCGCCCGGGCCGAAUGCAGGGCCGAGCAUGAGCGGUGGUGGGUAUGGCCGUGACGCGGGGCAGCAGGGCGGCGGCGGCGGCGCUGCUGCAGCCGGCGGCACGGAGCACGCGGGUGGGCAGGAGGUGGCGGGCGGUGCGGGGGCAGCUGCCAGUGGCAGCAGAGCGGGAAGGCCGCCGGCAAGUGGCACAUGGCAGUCCGCGGCCGGUGAGCAGGCGCAGCCGGCCUCGCUGCUGCAGCUGCAGCUGCGGGGCCAGCUGCAGGGCGCUUUUGGCGUUGCGCUGGAGCCUGCCGCUGAGCAGGCGCAGCCGGUCUCGCUGCUGCAGCAGCAGCAGCAGCAGCAGCAGCAGCCGACCCCGCUGCCGCCACGCAUCGUGGCCGUCCCCGAGACCGACUACCCGGAGGAACUGCAGCAGGGCUACGCCGGCGUCUCCUGCCCCGGCCUCGUCGACGGCGAGGCGUCCGUGCUCAAGUUCCUGAACCCGGACGAGCGCGGCAUAGCGGCCUUCGAGGCGGAGCGGCGCGCGUACGCCGCGCUGGCGGCGCUGCAGGGCGACGUGCUGCCGCGGCUGCUGGUCGCCAGCCGCUUGGCAGACGUGGGACCGCCGCCGCCGCGGCCGCGGCCGGGCGACGACGAGGAGCCCGGGGCGCCGAAGAGGCAGGGCUGGCCGAACGGUGAGGUGCGCCUGAUAGCCACGAGCCGAGUGCGCGGCGUGACGCUGCGCGAGGCAGUGGUGCGUGGUGGCGGGCGCAUCACACCGGCCGUGGCGGCGGCGGCAGUGCGUGCGCUGCAGCGGCUGCACGCCGCGGAUGUUGUCCUGCCCGGCGGGGGCCACGACCGUGCCGAUGACGGCGGCGGCGGCCGGGGCCGCUUCCUGCACGGUGACAUUCGGCUCAGUAACUUCAUGCUGCUGCUGCCGGAGGUGAUGGCAGAGGCGGAGGCAGAGGAGGCGCCGGGCGCGGAGGUGGCGGAGGAGCCGCGGUGUGUGGUGAUCGACCUGGGGCUGUCGCGGCUGGACGGCACCGAGGAGGAGCAGCGGGGCGAGGUGCGGCAGCUUGAGUUGCGGCUGCGCGGUAUCACCAGUGGCCAUGGACAGCAGUAAGGACGUGCUGCAUUGCUAAUUGCGUUGGGCAGAUAUGGCCGGCCGCCUUCGGCACCAUGUGGGAGCGAGACACAGGGAGGAGCACGGAGGGCGGAAGUGACCUGGGCUUCGAGGGAGGGAGACGCGGAACAGGAAACCGAGAAGCAACGAACGAUGUAGACAGGAACGCAGGAGGGACGCAAGCGUAAGAGCAAGGAGCUCAAUGAGGAAUGGAACGGACUUUCUCUGUGAUUCCGCAUUGGAAGCUUCUAGCGCUAGCGGGGUGGGUAUGCGCGGGUGUCGAGUGUGCGUGGAAGCGUAUGAUGUAGGCAAAAUAUCUUGGGCUUGCGCGGGGAGCUGUGGCGGCUGAGGCGGCUGUGGCGAUGCGCCAGCAAUGGGUGGCGGCCACGGGGGGUUGUGCUUGCAGUGGCAGUAGUCCGGGUUCAGCUGCUGGCGCGGUGAGGCUGGCCUUGCGGUGCGGUGUUGUCCCCGAGCGCGGUACGUGGCAGCAGUGCGCCGCGGCGGUGGUGUGCGGACACGGCGGUGCGCCAGUUGCGCCCCUGUGGCGGCUGUUGGUGGCCUGGCAAGGGCAGCUGGUGGGGGCAGCAGCACGCAGAGCGUCGUGGUGCAGGUGGUGGGUUGCGCCGCUUGCGUGUGUGUCUGCCACGACGCAACACGGACAGCUCUAGACGCCAUGGUAUCAACGGCUGCAUGCAGCGCUGGGGGUCGCUAGGUAUUGGACAGUGCGGGGCAUCGGAUUGGGGUGAUGAGGGCACCAUGCGCAAACGGGUGCGAAUGGCGCAUCGGACGGCAACUGUGGGCGGGUCCGAAAUUUGCCAUCCGAAACGUUUCAGAUGGAGUGUACAUCGAACCAGGUUCGGACCAGGUUCGGACCAGGUUCCAGCUGACCGGCUGCCAACUGCUUGAUGAGCGUGAUGGCUCGGCGUCUUCGGGUGCUGGGACUGUCCCCUCUGUAACAUCCGCAUUCU